AUGGCAGACCUCAUAGAGCUGCCACCUGAAGAUCCGGGAUGUGGCAUUGAUGACAUCUUCGGCACCGGCAGUGGCCUCUUCACAUCUGGUGGCAGUGCCAGUGCUGGCAGCACUUCUGCAGGUGCUGCAGCUGCACCAGCUGGCCUGGACUUGCCCGAGGAUGUGUCAGACGGCAGUGAUUUGGAGAACUGCCAGUUACUUGGCUGUGUGCAAAUGUUCACUCCAUCUGCAACACGAGCUCGAGUUGAGCAGUUCCAUGAUCUAACUGCCAAGCAGACACGGGAAGAGCGCUCUGUGUUCUUCUUCGACUUGCUGCGGAGGAUGAUGCUGUCCGAGAAGGGCAACUAUCAGCCAGUUCGGCAGUUUACCUUUCUCGGCCAGAAGGUGUGCCACCAGGCUUUUUUGAUUCUGACAGGGGUCAGCAAGGCCUAUGUGCGCCGCUUGAUGACUGCCAUUGAGAGUGGCGCCCUGCAGCCUCCAACUGAUGGCCGAACCUGUCGGACAGUGAGGGACCAGCCACAGAGGUCAUCAGUGGACAGCUUCUUCGACUUUUGCUACUGGAUGAUAGCUGAGCCUUUGGCAGAGACUCUGACAGAUCAGCUGGAGCCCGACACAGUGCAUGCCAGCAUGGUGGCCAAGGUUGAGCAGGAAGCUCAGCAGCCAGUGGUCCCCACUGCUGAAUGGAUCCUGGCUGGCAGCAACCCAGUGGUGGCAGCAAGCAAGGACAUGGAUGAGCGGGAACAGCGCUGGCUUCCACAUUGCCGCAUUGCAGAUCUGUACGAGCAGUACUGCUUGGGCUUUGUGCCGCAAGGCCAAGAGCCUGCUUCCUCCACAUUGUUCUACAAGCUUUGGCGUGAGCACUGGGCUGGAAUCCUUCGCAUUCGAAAGUCUGCUCAGCAUGCAAGAUGUCAGAGCUGUGUCCUGUACUCAGAGUACAGGGCAAAGGCCAGGUCUGAGGAAGUGAAGGAGAGCAUCCAGAAGGCUUACACCAAGCAUUUGGCUGGAGUUUUUGCCGACCGUGACCUGGGGAGGAGGAUGGCGCUGCAGAGUGAGCAGUCCAAUCAAUUGAGCUCCCCAUUGCCCCACUCCAAGCGAACUCUCUAUGUAUGCUUGGAUGGAAUGGACCAGGCGAAGUUCAAGCUGCCCCGCCACAAGCAGGCGCAAUCUGGGAAGGUGUGGGAAACCUUGCAUCGCCCGGCGCUCCACAACAUCCUAGUCUUGAUUCAUGGAGUUUGCGAGUGCUACUUCCUGAUGAAUCUGGACCAGAAAAAGGAUUCAAAUUGCCAAUGCACGGUGCUUUGUGGCCUGGCAGCGAUAGUCAUGGGUUUUGGUUUGACUGUUGUUGGCGCAUUAAGUUUUUCAUUGGCUAGGAAGAACAAAGUUAGGGGCAAGAGCCAGUCAAUCAGCCACUCAGGCCGUGCCAUUGACAUUGCGGCCACCUUGCUGCAGUCUCGCAAUAUGUGCCUGCCAAGCCACUGGGUGAUUCAGGCUGACAAUACCCCACGAGAGGGUCGCAAUCAAUGGCUGGCACUGUGGGCUGGGCAUAUGGUGGCAUCUGCCCGAGCAGCAUCCAUUUCAUUAUGCUUCUAUCGUGUGGGGCACACGCAUAAUGAAGUGGAUCAGCGGUUUUCAAUGCUGGCCAGCAUCAUGAACCGGGCGAAUGUGAUCCAGACCCCUCAGGAGCUGAAGAGGCUGAUUGAGUCGGAGCACCAUCAGGCGAAGGGCCGGGAGAUCUUCGCUGAGAUCAUGCCAUCCUCCUUCAACUUUCAGUCCUGGCUGUCGCCGAUGGGCGUGUCGUUGACUGGAAUGGUGUACCAAGAGGGCCUCACGGUCAAUCAUGUGUUUCGGGUGGUGCGACGAGGAGACCUGCAGAAGCAUGCCGGAAGCGAGAAGUGGACGGUGACAGCGCCAGCUGCAGCGGAGGUGGACGAUCAAGACGCGAUCCUGCUUACAAAGCACUGGAUGUCAUCGAGCCACCUGAGCCAAAACCCGAUCCUUUUGGUGCCCAAGGCGCAGGUGAAAGCAGUGCAGCCAGCUGAUGGUCCACCACAUACCCUGCCGAACAAUGAGAUGACUGACAGUCAGAGGCAGCAGUUUGAGCGGACUGCAAAGUUUGUGGAGAAGCCGCCUUGGCACAUGACCGAUGCCAGUGACUAUCUCCGAGGCUUGUGCCACCGCAGUGAGCACCGGAUGGUGCCAGCUCCAGAGCCACUGGUUUUGUAUCAGAAGAGGCCAACCUUGCCAGCACCAGACGCAUUAACAGGUGAGCUGUCGGAGGAGUGGAAGGACUUUGCCCCGGACAGCCCCCGGCUGCAAGCAGUUCAGGUUCACCCAGUGGCACCAAAGGUGCCAAAGGCCAACCAGAAGCGGCCCAACAAUGCACAGCAGGAGGAUUCUGACCCAGAGGUUGAGCAGCUGUUGGCAGUCCAGCAGGCCGAGCUCCCUCCUCGUGCAAAAGCAAGAGGACGUCCCAAGGGCCAGCCAAAGGCGCCCCCAGCAAUGAAACGACCAGCUGGCAAUGAGGCCCCCGUGCCCAAAGCCAAGGCCAAGGUAUCCCCACCCAUUGCCAAGCCACCCGCACCUUCAGUGCCGCCGACAAGCACUGAGACUGCUGGCCCACCUUCAGUGCCACUUACAAGCACUGAGACUGCUGGCCCACCUUUGGUGCCACCGACAAGCGCUGAGACUGCAAAGCAGCCUCCACCGCAAGCCAAGGGUGUGCAAUCCCAGCCUGCCAAGGCCACCGAGCCAGUUUCAGUGGAAUCUGCAAAGGCCAAGCCUAAGCAGUCUGCAAAGGCCAAGCCAGCUGCAGUGCAAUCUGCAAAGGCAAAGGCCAAGCCAGUUGCAGCGCAAGCUGCAAAGGCCAAGCCUAAGUUUGGGUGCAGCAAGUGCAGAUUUGCACGUGGCUGCAGCACAUGCAAGAACUACCGGCCGGAGCCAUGA